AUGGAGUCUGCUGGAAUCCAUGAGACCGAGUACAACGGCAUCAUGAAGUACGACAUUGACAUCCCUAAAGAUCUUUAUGCCAACAAUGUCCUGUCUGGUGGUACCACAAUGUUUCUAGGUAUUGGUGACCGUAUGCAGAAGGAAAUCACUGCCCUGGCUCCCAGCACCAUGAAGAUCAAGAUGAUUGCCCCUCCUGAUAAGUACUCCAUAUGGAUUGGUGGCUCCAUCCUGGCCUCCCUCUCUACUCCUAAGCAGAUGUGGAUCAGCAAGGAUGAGUAUGAGGAAGCUGGACCCUAUAUUGUCUACUGGAAGUGCUUCUAA